CCACCUCCCGAUCGAACGAAGGAAACCCUAGCUCCGCCGCCGCCGCCGCCGGGAGUGCUCCGGUGACCCGCCGACGCCGACGCCGACGCCGACGACGAGGGACAUGGGGGACCUGAUUGAGUACGUGUCCCCGUCGCCCACGCAGAGCGGCAACGCGCGGCCCCUGCCGGUGCGGGAGGACUGCUGGAGCGAGGAGGCCACCGCCACCCUCAUCGAGGCCUGGGGGCGACGCUACGUGGAGCUCAACCGCGGGAACCUCCGCCAGAAGGACUGGCAGGAGGUGGCCGACGCCGUCAACGCCCUCCACGGCCUCUCCAAGAAGACCCACCGCACCGACGUCCAGUGCAAGAACCGGAUCGACACCGUCAAGAAGAAGUACAAGAUCGAGAAGGCCAGGAUCUCGUCCUCCGGCGGCGGGGGCGGCCUCGCCUCGCCGUGGGUGUUCUACGACCGGCUGGAAGCGCUGAUCGGGUCCAGCUCGUCGUCUUCGUCGGCGGGGAAGAAGGCCUCGCCGUCGCCGUCGGUGUCCCCCCUGUCCCCGCCCGUGGCUCUGCCGCUGCCUUACAAGAAGACGCCGUCCCCCGUGGUGGCGGCCGUGGCGCUGCCGCAGAAGAGGCCGGCGGAGAGGCUGGACGAGGGCUACUUCAGGAGGAAUUACUCCGAGGUCGCGGCUGCUGCGGCCGCGGCGGGGGUCGACGACGAGGAGGAGGACGAGGAGGAGAGAGACGAGGAUAGGGAUAGCGAGGAAGACGAAGGAGAGGGGAUGAGGAGACUGGCCAAGGCCAUCGAGAGGUUCGGAGAGGUGUACCAGAGGGUGGAGGCUGAGAAGCUGAGGCAAAUGGUCGACUUGGAGAAGCAGAGGAUGCAGUUUGCUAAGGAUUUGGAAGUGCAGAGGCUGAAGAUGUUUAUGGACACGCAGGUCCAGCUCGAGAGGAUAAAGCACGUCAAGCGCUCGGGCUCUGAUGAUGCUGAACUUGGCAAAUGGCAUUUGUUUGCAUUAGAUAUCUUUAGUGGAGGGUUGGAAUGAGACUCGGAUGUUGGUUAAUAUUAGAGGCAUUUUCAUGUGAUGCUUGACCUCUUGUUGUGUUAGAGCUGUGACUGAGGAUCAUGGUUCUAGUUUGGAAUGGUGUCUAAGGGAAUGGAAUAGGACAAGCAAUGUUAGAUUUCCAUGUAGCCAAAAAAAUGGUCUUGCAUUAUGUCCUGAGUGAUCUUGUUGGUAUCUUUGGAUCAGCAAUUGCUGUUAACUUGUACAGACUUAAAAGCUGCGUUCAGUUCUUGUUCACUGUUUCUCGAGACAGAGAAAUUUGGUGGAAAUUAGAAGCGCAGCCAACUAUUUUGGGAAUUAUUAGAUUAUGUCCAGGUGACAAGUGAUAGGAAAGGCUCAUAAUUUCAGACUACAGAUAUGACCUCUAUCCCUUGUUUGUAGGUGGUUGCCGCAUGCAGUUUACACAUUUCUGAAUUCCAUGAUAGUUUCUGCAUUGUGGGAGGGAGGAUUCAAUUUGUUCUGGAGAAUGGAGUGGGAUUAGGGCUGAUCUCCAUUGUCAGAACAUAGUUCUUUUAAUGCUUUAUUUGUAUUCUUGCAGUACAUCGAAAUUCUUUCUUUCAAUGUUGGAUUGCAAUCUCAGUUUCUUCUCC